UUCCGCCCAAAAUGACUCAUAAUGCUCCAAUGUCCAAGUUGUGUGCUAAAGGAUCUUGCCGAAAAAUUUUCUGAUUAUACAAAAAUUAAUUCAAAAUGUCGAAGCAUUCCAAAAUUAUACUCUUAUCGUCACUUCUCUCACUGAUAGUCUCAAUUUACAUCGAAUUUGUCAAGCAUAAAAUGCGUGAAGAUAAGGAUUAUGUCCCAGUUUGUGAUAUUAAUGAAAUGAAAUGCAGCAAAGUUAUGACUUCCGAGUAUGCUGUAGGAUUUGGUCUCACAUUCCUUCCCGAGUCACUUCAGCUGUCUAAUUCACUUUAUGGAAUUGUCUUCUAUAUUGUAAUGAUUGCCAUCAGCUUUUCCGAUAACAUUGUGGCUGUGGAAAUCCAAUUGUUCCUUGCAUCAAUCUCGUCGUGGCUAAGUAUAUACCUCGCAUACGUUCUAUUCUACAUCAUCCAAGACAUUUGUGUAUUUUGCGUGCUAAUUUACGUACUCAACUUCAUUACCGUAGUUGUAACAUACAAAAAGUAUAAUUGUCUGAAAAGUAAGAAGACCAAAAGGCAAUAAGAAUCUCGUCUUUUGUCUAGUCAAAUAGUAAAUGCUUGUUUUACUUCACAUUUA